AUGAAAAGAAGAAUGAAAGUCGACACCAGUCGAUUGAAGAAAGGAACAUCGGAAGUGCCGCCAGAAUGUCAGAAUCUAAUCGACAAAUUAAAAGCCUGCGAUCGUACAGAAUUAAUUGAGGAGUUGAGUAAAAUUGAGACGUGGACGUUCGGCAAGUGCGAACUAUUCCAUUGGAUCGAUAUUUUAGAUAUCUUCGAUGAAAUUUUAGAAGAAGCGACGCAUUAUGAGGAUAAUCAGAUUUACAUUAUGUGUGAUUCACCACAGUUCGAGAAGGGACGCAAACUUCUCCUACUCGUCCUCAAUUUCACAACGCUUCUCAUUGAGCACAGCUUUUCGCGACAUUUGUACAAUUCUGUUGAACAUCUCACACAACUUCUCCUGUCAACAGAUCUGGAAAUCAUUCUCGGUGUUUUAAAUCUGCUUUACAUGUUCUCAAAACGAAGCAAUUUCAUUUCUCGUUUGAGCAGUCACAAGAAAAGUACAUUGUUGAGUCGUUUAAAGCAUAUUGCUGAGCCUUAUGGUGGUAAAGAGUGUGGAUUUGGUUUAGCCGAUUGCUGCCGUCCUGAUCAGAAGAUGCCGAAAGCAAUUUAUCAUUUCUAUUACGAAUACUACACAAAAAGUGGCGCUCUUCAAGUGAUUGAUCAUCAAAACAUCUCAAAGCACGAUCCAAAAAGCAUAACCGUGAAAUUAUGGAAAGAUCUUGAUCAGCAUUUAGAUGAUGAUCAGAAAUAUCACCUCUUUGCACGUGCUCGUCUUGCAACUGGAUUCUGGAACUAUGAAAAUCGCAUUCUAUUCGUCCAAGCUCGUUUACAAGCACUUUCAAUUCUCGUCUACUCAGACGCUCUCAUGGGCUACACAUCAACUCUCAUCUAUCCUGGUUUCCUCGAAGAAUUGGUUGAGUUGCUUGAACUUCAGCAAAUAAAUUUGGUUGAGAUACGUGCAGCUGCUUUAAGAACAUUAACAGCAAUUAUUCAUCUCGAGAGAAAUUCACAAUAUCAACGAAAAUCUGAAUCACGUCUCAAUACAAUAAUUGAAGUAACAGGUGCAUCAAGUUAUCACGGUUUCCUUCCAACACUUGUCAGAAAUUGCAUUGCAAAUCUCACAGGAUCAAAUAAGUCAUCAAUUGAUCAAACUGAUGACAAUCUCUUUCCACUUCAAUUAGCGACUGCUUUGUUCAGCUUCUUGUAUCAUUUAGCAAGCUAUGAGCCUGGCGCUGAAUCUCUCGUUUCAUGUGGAAUGAUGGAAAGUUUAUUGAGAGUUAUAAAUUGGUCGGGAUCGGAGCUAGAACAUAUUACUUUUGUAACGCGUGCUGUGAGAGUUAUAGACUUGAUUACCAACAUAGAUAUGCAAUCAUUUCAAUCCAACUAUGGACUCAAUACAUUCAUCAAGCGCCUCAACAUGGAAGUUAAUUUGUGUCGUAAAGAGCAAUCGUAUGAAAUAAAGCCAAACAUUGAUGUUGAACAUGACAAGAAUGUCACGCAUAUUGAUGAAGCGAUGGAUACUGGAAGUCAAUAUGGUGACGAUGAUAUUUUUAUGACUGGUGCAAGUGGAAAUCUAAUGACAACAUCGACGCAAUCAUUAGGUGGUGUUAGUACAUCGAGCAGUAUAAAAACAACAACAAAUGAAUGUCAAAUCACAAAUCGCACAUGUUUACCUCAACGUGCUGCUUUAUUAAAGUCGAUGUUGAACUUUCUGAAGAAAGCGAUUCAAGACAUCGCAUUUUCUGACUCAAUACGUCAUAUAAUGGAAGGAACGUUACCUGAAUCACUUAAGCAUAUUAUCAGCAAUUCCGAGUACUAUGGACCGUCACUUUUCCUUCUUGCAACUGAUGUUGUCACUGUUUACGUCUUCCAAGAGCCAUCAUUGCUAUCAUCAUUGCAAGAUAAUGGCCUAACUGAUGUUGUCUUACAAGCACUCCUCAAGAAAGAUGUGCCAGCAACACGUGAAGUGCUUGGAUCAUUGCCUAAUGUAUUCAGUGCUUUAUGUUUAAAUACUCGUGGCUUGGAAAGCUUCGUCAAAUAUAAUCCAUUUGAGAAGUUGUUUCGUGUUCUUACUUCACCGGUUUAUCUUUCGGCAAUGCGUCGUCGUCGUAGUUCUGAUCCGAUGGGUGAUACAGCAUCAAAUAUCGGUAAUGCAAUGGAUGAAUUAAUGAGAAAUCAACCAAGUUUAAAGACACCAGCAAUUAAAGCGAUUAUAAAGUUACUUGAAGAGAUUGUUGAGCUUGGAACUGAUCCAAAAUAUAUUUGCUGGCGUGCACAAAAUAAAAAUGAAGUGUCACCGCAAAUUCCAAAUUCAAGACAGAAUAACAACAAUGAUAACAACGGUGGAAGUUCUGAUGAGGAUGAUGAGGAUGAAGAGGAAGUUUCAACGUCAUCACAUAAUCAAACUGCUGGUGCUGCUGCUGCUGGUAGCAGUGGAACAAGUAACAAUAAUGUGCAACAAUCAUCAAAUGUUGCAACAGCAGUGCAACAAUCAUCAGAACGAGUUCCCAUUGCUUUAAUUGAUUACACACUCAAUACAAUGAAAUUUCUUGAAGCUAUUCUAAGUAACAACUCAACAGAUGAUCAUUGUCGUGAAUUUGUGACAUUAGGUGGAUUGCGUCCUUUAUUAACAAUACUAUCAUUGCAAAACUUUCCUGUUACAAGCUUCAAUUCACCUAUUACAGCGACAGCACAAGCUGUUGCUUCAGUUUGUAAGUCAAUCUUGAAUUUAACUCAUGAAUCGCAAGUUCUUCAAGUCGCUUUAGAACAAUUAUCAAAUGUUGUUGAGUUAUUGAAGCCACUGAUGAAUCAUCAAGAACAUACAAGUAGCAGCGUUUUAUUAAAAGAACUUGCCAAUUGUCAAGACAUUAAUCACGCUUUUACAAACGCUCAUUACACUCCAUUACUACAUGCAAUGAGUGCUGUUCAUGGCUAUGUUGUGAUGUUGGUUCAUGUUUGUCGAAGUGGUCAAAGUGACAUUCGUACAUUGUCUUUAAUGAAAUGGGGACAAGACAACAACUAUGGGAUGCAAUUAUUAAAGAAACUUGUGAUGCUUUACACUGGUCUUGUAUGGGAAUCAACACUUUUACUUGCACUUUGUACUGAUGACAUAAUUCCACCAGGAUCAGAAUUUGGAAAAGAUGAAAUGGAGAAACUUGGAGCUGCAAGUGAUUUGAAGAAUAAUAUUGAAGUGAAUUGGGAUGAAAUUGUUUCGAAUUUAUCAGUGAUGGAGAAUUUGACACCAGGUGGCGUAAGUGGUGGCCCAGCAACAUCUUCAACGAUGGAUGUUGAUAACUCAACAACAACAUCAGCAACGACAUCGUCAACAGGUGCGAUUAGAAAAGUUCAAAAUGUGAAAUUUAUUGCAUCGCAGAGUCAACUCAAAUAUAUAAAAUCAUUACUUGGUGCAUCAUCACGCUUAGGAAGAGCAUUGGCUGAAUUAUUUGGUCUUCUUGUUCGACUUUGUGUUGGAUCACCGUUAAGACAGAGACGUGGACAGAAUUUUAUUCAAGCACAACCAUUCACAUCGCCAACAUCACGUGAGAUUGCAAGAGUUUUAAGCUUUAUUCUUGUUGAUGGACUUUCAUUUAAUAAACUUCCAUCAUCGCCCGUUCCCAAAUUGAAAUUAACAUUUUUGAUUUGUUCAAUUGGAUUUACAAGUCCAAUGUUGUUUGAUGAGAAACGUUUUGCUUAUCAUUUGAUGCUUCAAAAGUUUAUUGAAGAAGGUGGACUUGAAGCAUUCUUCGAAAUGUUUCGUUGGACUUUGACUGCUGGUUACACAAUUCCAAUUCAUCGUGCAAUUGAACAUCCAAAUCUUCCUGAUGGAACUGGUGAAGCUUUAGACGCUUGGCUGAUGUUACUUGAAAAGAUGGUCAACUUAAAGUACAUCAUUGAAUCACCACAUCAAAUAACAUCAAAAACACGCGGCGUUAAAACUGAUUUCGAUACAAAACAUUAUCUCACUUACAUGCAUCGUAAUGCAUUCUUAAGUAUUCAACAUUUGUGGGGAUAUAAACCAUUAAAAUCAUAUGGCUUAAGAAUGACUGAAUCGAUGCUUUCAAUUCUUAAACACAUCAUAAAAGAACAUUUAAGACAACUUGUUGAUAUGGGAUUUUCAUGUGAAAACAGCAUAAAUGCAUUGCGACGUUAUUUGAGUUUGGAAGGUGCCACAGAAUAUCUUUUAACAAACCCUAGAAAUCGUACAUCAAUCCUUCUCGAUGUCAUAAGUGAUGACGAAAGAACGACCACAAGUUCAUUAAAUCCAGCAACAAUUGCAACACCUGUCAAUAUGGACAUUGAUGUGGGUGAAGAAGAUGAACAAGUGAUUCGUGCGAUCCUUAACAGCUUGGGAAGUUCACGAUCAUCAACACCAAUAAACCCUUCAACAAAUAUGGAAUUGUCACCAGGUACAAGUGGAAAUGCAAAUAAAUCAACAUCAAAUGAUGACGAACAAUCGAAAGCAACAUCGAAGACAAAGCAAAAGGAAGUAAUUAAAAAAUAUUUACUUGAACAACCAUUACCGAAGAAAACGCUCGAUGACUUCACACAAAAUCUUUUAAAGACGUGUUUAAAUGUUCUCGAUCAAUUACCGGAAACUGUUUACAAGAUUUGUGAUCUUCUCAUUACUGUGACAAAGCGAAAUGGUCCAAUAUGGCGUGAUGAAAUGUUGGAUACGUUGUGCAAGGAAAUCUAUCAAUGUAUUCAAUAUUUAAUUGGAAUUCUGGUUCAAGAUGAUGAAAGAUCAACAAAGAAUUACAAAGAGAAGAGUGAAAAAUUAGUAUCUGGCGAUAUGGCAAAUAAAACAGCAGUGCGAAUUCAUUUAUUCACAUUAUUCUUUCAAGGACAUUAUCAAGAUAUGAAAGUUCCAUGUGCAAAUGCUUUAAAAACGUAUAACAUCAUCCCACGUCUCAUUAAAGUUCUCACUGAUUAUCAAAUGAUUGUCACGAUGAUGAAUAAAGUGCUUCCAACACCUAAAUGGCUUGCACCUUUAGCAUUGCUUUUAGAUUUAUAUGACAAAGUUGCAUUAUCAACAAAACAAAAGCAACAAAUGCAUAAGAUUUGUACAACAACAUGGCAAUGGUACGAUAUUUCCUCAUCCAAAUGGAAUAGUUAUUCGCCACAACAUAACAAAAUGAUUAAUGACGCUUAUAUGGCGGGUGAAAGUGAAAUUCAUCUUGUUCUAAGUCGUCAUCGUUACAUCAUUAACUUUAAAUGUAUGUCACAAAUAAAUGAAGAAAGUUCUAAUCAUCGUCCAAUCAUCAUGGCUUUGAGAUCAAUUGAGACGAUGAAUAAUCCAACAAUUGGAAGUGGAAUUUUUGAUGAAAAGGCGGAAGAAGAAGAAGCUAAAACUUAUGCGAAAGUUCUCGAAGAGAUUGAAUUGGAGCCGUUGAGUAAUUUUUGUCCAGAGGAAAUUGUCUCAUCAUGCGUUCAAUUGAUGGCACAUCAACAGUUAGAUCGUGAUACAUUACAUGCAAUAAUGCGAGUUGUUGUUCGUCUUACAAAGAAUUAUUCACUUGCUGAAGUGUUUGCAAGAUUCGGUGGAAUUGACGUUUUACUUAACAUGAAACAAAAUUCUGGUUACAUUGGAUUUACAACACUUGCAACACUUCUGAUUCGUCAUGUGAUUGAAGAACCAAAAACAUUAUCACUUUCAAUCCAAAAUGUUCUCGCAAAUCGAACAUUAACAACAAUUCCGCCAGGUCAUCGUGAACUUUUAUUUCUUAUUCGUCAAUUAAAUUCUGCGGUUUAUCGUGAUCCACAAUUGUUUAAAGAAGCAGCUUUAAAGAUUCUUCGUGUUGACUUUGAUUCAAUGAAACGUUCACAAAUCACUGAUGAGAAACGUUUCAUUAUGAAAUCAAUUCCAUUAUCAACAAAUAUUAAAUACAACAUGGAACAUUCAACAGCAAUGUCAGCUGUUUGUAAAUUAUUAAAAGCAUUAAUUGAACCUGAUGAUGUUGGAAAUGGCGCUGGUGGAAAUGCCGAUACAAAUUCAUGUAACAUGAUGUGGAUACAACCAGAAAAAACAUCGACAAGAGAUGGACCGAGAAAAGAGAAAUUUACAGCAACAAAUGAGCAGCCUCAACAACAAUCAGCUGAUGAUUUGAAGGAAAAACAAAAUGGCGGCAAUAACAACAGCGACAAGCCACUUUUAUCAAAAUCAGCAAUCUUGAAGAUUCUGGCUGAAUCUGUGAAGAGUUAUCAGACAGUUGCACUCUAUAUAACUGAACAUAAAUAUCGUGCUGGUAUGUCAGCCAUGAUAAAUGAAGAUACAACAGCAUUAUCAUUUAUUCUUGAUCGAAUGCUUCAUAUAAAUGAUGCGAAUAUGGAUCGUGAAUGUCCAGCAAUGGCUCAAAGUCUCAUUUCAGCAAUUGCUUCUUCAGAUGUUACACAAGCACAAGAGACAGUCGUUCAAGAAGUUAAAUGGGCUCUUCAACGUGCCUUAAAUGAAACGGAAACUAAUGAGAAACAUCUUCACAUCGAAGGUCUUGCAACACUCAUUCCAGCAAUGAUUGAGAAUAAUGGUGGAAAUAAUGAGAAUAAUCAAUUCUUUAAAGUCAAUAAUCAUUCACAAUUGCGUCAUAAUAUCUUUUAUAUAAUGCUCGAGAAAGGAAUUAUCACAGAUAUUGCAAGAGCUGUUCAAUAUUUGGAACUUGGUGAAGAAAUCGAAAACGAUGACGAAGAGGAAGAAGAAGCUGAAGAACGUUCAGAGCUUGAUGAAGAUGAAGAAACUCAACCAUUUGAAAUGUAUGAUCAUCACAUGUAUGGACGUCAUUUGUCGCCAUCAAUUCCGGAAAUUGAACGCGAUCAUGAAGAUAUUCUAAUGAUUCAAUAUUCAAAUAUUGCUCAGAAUAAUGGAAAUGCGAAUAACAACACUGAAGCACGUGAGAAUCGAACUGUCAGAGAUCGUGAUGCACAAGCUGGUGGAGGAAUUAACAUUUCAGCUGCAGCAAGUGGCGCAAAUGCCAACAACAUUAAUGAACAACCACAAAAUUUCUUGUUCAAUGCAAACUUCCCACUUCUGUACAAUGAAAACAGUGAACAAGGUGGAAAUGACAAUUCAAAUUCAGCUCAAGGUGCUCCAUCAAAUGCAUCGAAUGAAGUUGCCACAGCUCCGAUUAACACAAAUGCUCCACCACCUAAUAAUCAUCCAUUGUUAUCAGGCAGACCUGAUGGAACAUCCUCAACUGAUCGUGCUGAUGAUCGUCUUCAUGUGAGUGAAGGAAGCGGCUUACAAACAGCGAGACGUCGUGGAGCUCGUCGCUAUCAAUUAAUCAACAUCAAUUCAAGAAAUCCUCCAGUGAUUCUUCAACGAAUGCUUGAACUUCGUCAGAAUCGGCAACCAGGACAAGCAAAUGCUGCUUCAGGAAAUGGCGCAACACCAGGCAACGAUCCGCUUUAUUUCCGCGAUGGAACUCGAGUUGUUGUCAUGGACAAUGGUUUCAGCAUCUUCUCAAAUGACGAUUUAGAUUUUGAGAUGCUUGAUCAAACUGGGUAUUGGUUUGGACGAACACUCGCAAAUCAUUUGAAUAAUCAUCCAUCAGCACUUGGCUGGUGGCAAGAAGAAAAUAAAAUUUCUGGUCCCGAUUCAAAUUCUGACUUAUGCAUGGUCGUUUGUGAUGAAAUGAUUCCCGAAUUAGAUGCAGCGCGUGCUCUUGAAUUGAGUAAAAUUCGUGGGAAGCGGAAGAAGAAAGCUUUGGAAGAAGAUGAAAUGAAGCAACGCAAUCAAGAUGGAAAGAAAUUAAACGACGAUGAAAUCAAUGAGAUUCUAGCUCAACGUGAAAUUGCAGUUUCGAACGCAUUGGCAAGUGUUCCAACGCCGGUUGAGCCGAUUCGUGUUUCUGAUCCGUCCGAAGAUGUAAAUCAAUUGAAUGAAGAUCGAAAUGUUGAGACGAUGCAAUAUGUUCAGCUUGAUGAUGAAACGACGACGUCGUCAGUGUCACAAUCACAAAGUGCCACCAACAAUCUCAACAUUUCCUUCAUGGAUGUUAAUGAAGAAGCUGGUGGAGGUCAUCAAUCGUCAUCGCACGAGCCAAUCACAGUCUCAACGCAAGUCGUUGAACAACCGCAACAUCUUACAACUGAUAAUCAACUCAAUCUUGAUGUUGACAUUGAAAUGACAUCAGACAAUGAAGAAUCGUCAGCAUCAGCAAACAAUUCUCGAUCAUUUUCGCCAAAUUAUUCACCAAACAGUCAUCAAAUUGAGACAAGUUCAACAACUGGAGGUCAUAACGAUCAUCCAAUGAGAGCAACUGCAACAACAGCAGAAAAUGCAAAUGACGAGAUUGUAACUGGUGGAAUUAUUCAAGAUAUGGAUCCAGCAAUUCGAGCGAUUCUUGGCGAUUUGGAAGUGCCAGAAGGUGUUCAUCCAUCGUUCCUUGCAGCACUUCCACCUGAGAUGAGAGAUGAAGUCAUUCAAGAACAUUUAAGACAACAAAGAAUUCGACAACGUGCACAGCAAACGUCAGCGUUACAAGAAGCACAAGCUUUAGCUGAUGUUAAUCCUGAAUUUUUAGCUGCACUUCCGCUUAAUAUUCAAGAAGAAGUUUUAGCACAACAACGAAUGGAACAACAACGACAAGCAGCCGCUGCUGCCAAUCCAAAUGAUCCUGUCAAUGCUGCUGAGUUCUUCCAGAAUUUACAGCCGUCACUUCGUCAAACGAUUUUAGCUGACAUGGAAGACUCACAAAUUGCUGCUCUGCCACCCGAUUUAGCAGCUGAAGCACAAAAUCUUCGUCGUGAUUGGGAAACGAGAAAUCGUCAAAUGCAAGAAAGAAUUUUAACAUCAAGUUUCACGCAUGCUUUGAGAAAUCCUGGCAAUCGCAGUGAGUACCGUUUAAGCAAUUUGCUAAACCAUUCACAUCAUUUGCGAGCUGUUACUAAUCAAAGUGGUCUUGCAGAUCCAAGAGUUUAUGUGCCCCGACAUAAUCUUCUGGGUUUCAGUACUGCAAGUGGACAUUCAUUUGCAUUAACGCGUGGACAAGCAAUGAAUGCGACAUCAAUUGCUGCCAAUAUGGAACGUCACGGAGCUCCGUUACUCGAUCAAGAAUCACUGGCGUCAAUUCUUGUCUUACUUUUCAUUGACGACACAAACAUCGCGACACUACGACUCUAUCGUGUGAUUAGAAAUUUAUGCUUUCAUAUUCCGACACGUAAAUGGAUCAUCAAAUCGUUGUUGAGCAUCAUUACACGAUGCAAUGAAGAAUCCAUGGAACAUUAUCUUGAGCCGAGCCCAAACACAUCAAGAACUAACAAAAUAAAUCAACGUGAUGAUGAUAAAGUCAAAUGGUUGAAACUGAGACUCGAUUCAGCACUUGGUGGACGUGCAAAUGUUUUCUUAAAGAAAUACGAAAAGUCACUUGGUGGCAGUGGUAGUGGAAGUCCAUUAACAAUUCAUCCUAAAGCGUCACCAACUGUUUGUCGUCAUACGCUUGAUUUGUUGAUUUUCCUUGCGAAAAGUUUCCCAGCACACUUUUUGCCAUUAAAGCGAACUUCGACAACAUCAACGACAUCAGCAACAACAACAAAUGAAUCGAAUGAUGAACCAAUGCCAUCAACAUCCGCUGCUGCAAUUCAACGUGAUCGUUCAAAUGAUUUUUGGGAUAUUCUGAUGCGCUUAGAUAAUGAAAUUGAUGAACGUUCAUCGAAGAAAGGCGCAGCACAAUUUAAAGCGAUUUGUAAGCAAAUUAAAGACUUUAAUGAACAAGACAUUAAAACAUUCACCGAAUCUCCAUUUGGACAACUUAUUAUAAUGCUUUCAUUCGAUAUUAUUCGUAAAAACAGCAUGUUGACUGAUAAACUCUUACGAUUACUUUCAUUGAUCUCGAUUGUGUUGACAGAUGAUAAAUAUAAAAAUAAUUUAUCGAAAUCAUCGCCAUCUUCGUCAUCAAAUGAACAACAGCAAGUGAAUAACAGUGGCGCAUUAUCAGUUGUUAAUAUUCCACCAUCAACCGCAACAACGACCACAGUUGAAAGUAAUUUAAAUGAAAUGAAAGAAUUGUCGGAAAGAUUGCCAGAAUCUGAAGAUCAUUUAGCAUUAACAGUUGAAGUUUUAACAUCAAAAUCAUGUUCGGAAGAUGGACUUGAAGAUGCGACAGCACUUCUCAUCAAUUUGAGUCAAUGUUCAAGUAAGACAAAGUACAUGAUAAUAAAUCUUCUCGUAAAAGGUGUCAUUGAACUUUCCCAUAUGGUUCAAAAGCAUAUCAAUAAUCUGAUGGUGGAAUUACGUCAACUGAAUGAUUCAUUAAAAGGUGAUAAGAAGACUGAAAGUGGAAUAAUGACAACUGGUGAUGAUUCUGAUGAAUUGUCACGACCAUCCACAUCGAAAGGUUUGCUUCGUGAUCGUUUCACUAAAGAUUCUGUUAUUAUAACUGCACCAUCGAAAGUUAAGACUUCAAAUGAUCUUCAAUUACCAUCGAUGGCUCCUUUACUCUCAAAAACAUCAAAUCAAAGUUUCUUCUUACGAAUCCUUAAAGUUAUAACAAAUAUUCGUGACACUGUUCGUCAAGAUACAAAAACUUGUGACAGUUACAUCGAACAACAAUUGACAAAGUUGGAAACUGUUCCACUUAGUGAACUCUUGAAUUUAGAUUCACUUUGGAAUACUUUAAGUGAUUGCUUGAAAGAGUUGGAAGAGACACAAGAUCAUCAUGCUGUGCUAGUUUUACAACCAGCUGUUGAAGCUUUCUUCAUCGUUCAUUCUGCGCCACAAGUGAAAUCAGGAAGUGGUGCAGGUACAGCAGCUCGUCGUUUAAGUCGUGUUGGAAGUGUCGCACCAACAUCAAAUACAAAUCAAGAAGCAUCUUCAUCAUCAUCAGCUCAAGUUCCUGCCGCUUCUUCUCGAUCCAGUGAUAAUAGUAUUAAUCAACAACAACAACCAUCAGCAACUGCAGAGAUUGUAAAUAACAACAGUAGAAGUAGUGUAGAUAGAAGUCAAAGUGGUGGUGAAGAGAAUGCUAAUAAUAAUCAACCAUCGGUUCAUCUAAAUAUUCCAAUCGAUGAUAUUGCAAUUGCAAGACAAAGCCAACAUGGAGAAGCUGUGACAUCAACAGAUAAUGAUCAAGCUGAACGUUUAUCACCGAUGGAUACAACACAAUCAAAUGCUACAGCAUCGAGCGCUUCACAACAAUCUCAACAAGCACAGCAGCAGCAGCCACCACCACCAUUGUCAGCUGAUCAGAAGAAGUUUUUACAAUUUGCUGAAACUCAUCGUGUUGUGUUGAAUCAAAUAUUGAGACAAUCAUCAACACAUUUAGCUGAUGGUCCAUUUGCUGUUUUAGUUGAUCAUACGAGAGUCUUAGAUUUCGAUGUAAAGCGACGUUACUUCCGAAUUGAACUUGAACGUCUUGAUGAUGGCAUACGUCGUGAAGAGUUAGCAGUUCACGUUCAUCGUGUGAAUGUUUUUGAAGAUUCGUUCCGUGAACUUUAUCGUCGUAAUCCAGAAGAGUGGAAGAACCGAUUCUACAUUGUCUUUGAAGAUGAAGAGGGUCAAGAUGCUGGCGGUUUAUUACGUGAAUGGUAUAUGAUAAUAUCACGUGAAAUCUUCAAUCCAAUGUAUGCACUUUUCACUGUUUCGCCUGGGGAUCGUGUCACAUACAUGAUAAAUCCAUCAUCGCAUUGUAAUCCAAAUCAUUUGUGUUACUUUAAAUUCGUUGGACGUGUCAUUGCCAAAGCUAUUUACGACAACAAACUUCUCGAAUGCUAUUUCACGCGCGCUUUCUAUAAGCACAUUUUAGGAAUUCAAGUAAAGUACACAGAUAUGGAAAGUGAAGAUUAUGCUUUCUAUCAAGGUUUAGUUUAUCUUAUUGAAAAUCGUGUCGAUACACUUGGCUAUGAUUUAACAUUCAGCUUGGAGAUUCAAGAGUUUGGCGUCACUGAAGUGAGAGAAUUGAUACCGAAUGGUGGAAAUAUUGCAGUAACAGAAGAAAAUAAAUUGGAAUACAUUCAAAUGGUGUGUCAGUUAAAGAUGAGUGGAUCAAUCAAACAACAAUUGAAUGCUUUCUUGGAAGGUUUCUACGAUAUUAUCCCAAAACGAUUGAUUUCUAUUUUCAACGAACAAGAAUUGGAAUUGUUAAUUUCUGGCUUACCAAAUAUUGACAUUGAAGACUUGCGUGCUAAUACAGAAUAUCAUAAAUAUCAAGCAACAUCGAUUCAAAUUCAAUGGUUCUGGAGAGCAUUGAGAAGUUUUGAUCAAGCAGAACGUGCCAAAUUCCUUCAAUUUGUGACAGGAACAUCAAAAGUACCUUUGCAAGGCUUCGGCGCGUUAGAAGGAAUGAACGGAAUACAGAAAUUCCAGAUUCAUCGUGAUGACCGUUCAACAGAUCGUUUGCCGUCGGCACAUACAUGCUUUAAUCAACUUGACUUGCCAGUCUACAAAUCUUACGAUAAAUUGCGAACGAAUCUUCUGAAAGCAAUCCACGAAUGCUCGGAAGGUUUCGGAUUUGCAUAAAGAAUCCAACAUCAUGCUUUAGAUGAUAAGAAAAACAAAAUUAAAACAAAAAUAAUAUUUUCACGAGAAAAAAAAUAAAUAAAACAAAAGAAAAGCAAGAAGAAGAAGGAUGAAAGGCGCCAGCAAAUUAAGCCCACACACACAUAACAUACAUCAACACACACACGCAUAUUUAAAUUAUUGGAAUCUUUUUUUUUAAUAUGUUUCUGCUAUUUUCUUUCCUCUUCAGUUUAAAAUUCUUGAAUUCAGUAAAAUUUUUGUUAAUGUUAGUAACAACUUGAAGGGGAAACUUGAAAGAAAAUUUAUAAUAAUAAUAAUAAGAAAAUUUGAUGGAAGUAAAACAAAACAAUGAUUUGAAUUCAAUUUUCAUUUUUCUUUUAAUCUAUCUAAUCAUUUGCUUAAUAUUUCAUUUAGGUGAUAAGAUUUAUGUUCAAUAGUUUCACGUUGUACAUUUAAAUAUCAUUCAAUUAGAUCAAAGAUGGGAUUUGAAGGAUAUAAAAGAAAAGGAAGGAAAAAAUAUAAAAAAUCAAAACAACAGUGUUACAUUUUAUUUAGUAGUAAUGAUGCUCGGGAAAAUGCUAUCAAAUAAUAAUAAUAAUAAUAAACAAAAAUGAAUAAAAAAAUUGUAAUUUUGAUGACAUUAAAAAAAAGAAAAUUUUGCAUGC